UCUUCUUUUAAUGAUUAUUUAUAAUUAACCUUUUUAAUGAUAGACAUUAUGAGUAAUAAUCUAUUGCCUGGUACAGCCUUGUCCUCUGCAAGUAUCACAUCCUAUAACCAAUUCUUUUAUCUUUUCUUGUUUGUUCUUUUUACCCAAUUUUAAUUCAUCGUCUGAACUUUAAAUCCAGGCUUCCCUCUCUCUAUUUCUUUUUCUUUAAUCAAACCAAUAAACAUCAUGUCAAAUACACGAGAUAUGGCAACAAUUGAGAGAGACCUUUUACGUAUAGAUCAAGCAUUGAACCAAGUAUCCAAUGUUCGAUCUACCUUGAAACAAUUCACACAACUCGUCGAACAGGAACAAAAAGGACCUAGCUACGUACAAGCAUUUAGCGAUCGACUUAAAAAUGUCAAACAGGAAUUGAAUCGUUUAGCGAUUCAAGGAAAUGACCUAAAAGAUGUCUUGAAUUACGCGCAAUCAAUAGCUAAUGAUGGUGAUUUUGAUUGGAGUGCAAUCAAGAGUGAGAAACAAGAUCAGCAAAAGACAGAUAUUAGAAAACCAGAAAAGAUUGGAUCGAUUGUAAAAGAUAAGGCUGAUUAUGCAUACAAACAAUUAUCUUCCAUGGUCUUUGAUCAUAAUACAUCAUCAACUGAAUCCUUCUUUACGACAUAUACACAACAAUGGCUGUCACAGAACAAAGAUCAGGCAUCUAAAAUAGACAUUAGCUUCGAACGGGAAGAACAGACAACGCUUUCGGGGACAACAUGUCAUCUAAAAGUGUGCAUACAUAAAGCAUUCAUUGUAGAAUUAGAGCUAGAAUAUGCUCGUGCAUCUAAUACGCUCAUUGUACAUCAACAUGACAUAAGGGGACUUAAAGAAGAGAAACAGCUUUCACAGGGAUCUCAAUAUCUUGUUUUUCAAAAGUUGAGUCUAUUGGCGGCUGUGGCAUUUGAAGAUAUGACGACACUUUUUGCAAGAGAAUCUUUCUUUUAUAUUUUAGAUUGGCUAUCAAGCUAUCAUGACUUGUUUACUGCGCCUUGUAUUCGAUGUCAUAAGGUCUUACAAUUUGAUUCCCCUGUUUACAAGUACACUCCACCUGUUGUCAGAACAUGGAAUACAAAACAUACGACAGAUAGAACAGCAGUAGCCUAUCAUAUGCGAUGCUAUCAUGAACAUAAGAACAGUCAAGCCAUUGCUCUGUUCUAAACAUAAAAAAUAAACAUUGGUGUGUGACCGUUCAAAAGUGACAUUUUUUUCUUUCUUUCUUUCUCUCUUU